CUGAUUGCUGCAAACUUGCAACAAGCGCCGAAAAGGGUGAGAAGAUUUGAGGAAAGAAGAGCUGAAGAGGCGACCCAGCUACAGAAGCAAGUAUAUCAGAUAUGGAAGGAGGAGAAGAUGAUUCGACCACCAGAAUUUACGUUGGAGGAUUGGGAGAAAGUGUUACCAGCGAUGAUUUAUGCACCAUAUUCUCAAAAAUCGGCGGUGAUAUUAAAGCAGUGGACAUCAUCAGAACCAAAGGCCGGAGCUUUGCCUAUAUUGACUUCUCUCCUUCGUCUCAUAAUUCCCUCUCCAAGCUCUUCAGCACUUACAAUGGUUGUGUCUGGAAGGGUAAGAGAUUGAGACUUGAGAAGGCAAAAGAACAUUAUCUUGAUCGUUUGAAGCAGGAAUGGGCUGAAGAUGCUCAACUUGCAAGUAGUACAUAUACUGCUGCUGCCGAUGAUGACACGGAUAAGAAUAUGGAGUCUUUCAAAAAGCCCAUGAAAGAGCUCAGUUCAGAAAAGAAGCAGCUGCGGAUUUUUUUCCCAAGGUUGCAAAAGUUGAAAUCACUGCCAUUCAGUGGAACUGGCAAGCACAGAUACAGUUUCAGACGUGUUGAAGUUCCUCCUCUCCCUACACAUUUCUGUGAUUGUGAGGAACAUUCAGGUUCUGUCUAUACUACUGAAAAAAAAGCAAUUCCUGUUCUGGAAGAACAAGGUGGUGGGAUGAGUAAGGAAGAACUUGAUAUGAUGAACUCUGUGAUGAAUAAGCUCUUUGAGAUAGAAAAUGUUUCAGCCACUGCACAUAGUGACAUUGUACUGACGAAGGAACAAGAAAGUUCCAUCAAAGUGUCUGAUGAUUUCCAAUCUGAGGAGAAUGAAGGAUACUCCACUGAAGAUGACGAUAAUCUCAUUAUUAAUGUGGUACAGAGACGAAAGGAAACAGCCUUCACUGAUCAGGAGUCAAAGCUAAAUAAAGGGCAAGCUUCCAAAGAUGGACCAACUCAAGAUGUGCUCAAGAGUCAGACAAGAAGACAUGAUGACGGUAAUAGAAAGGGAUCUGUGUCUGCUGUUUCUGAAGGCAAUGGGAGUUUUCAGUCUAACUUGAAUGAGCCUGGAAAUAUCUUGGAGGCUAAACUCAUUGAACCAGAGUCAAUUGCCAAACAAUCAGAUCCUAAGCUUUCAUGGUCACAGAAGUCUUCUUGGAGAGAACUUAUUGGGAAUAAGAGCAGCAGUGCAAUGAACAUAUCAGAUAUAUUGCCUGGAAUUUCAUCCAAUAAGGAAGAGAAAUCCAAGUCUGAUAGUAUAACAAACUCCAAGAACAGCAAGAACAAGAAAUUAUCGAGGCGUGAAAAUCAGAAAGGUCAAACAAACAAACCAGAAGUGUUGGACAAAAUAGAAGUGGAAGUGCCUGCAGAAACUAAGCCUGCCAAACAGGAUUCUGAUUGUAUGCCAAACUCCAAGAAUGAGAAAUUAUUGAGGCAUGAAAAUCAGAGAGGUCAAACAGAUGAACAAGAAGUGUUGGACAAAAUAGAAGGGCCUGCAGAAACUCAGCCUUCCAAACAGGAUUCUGAUAGUAUAGCAAACUCCAAGAACAAGAAAUUAUUAAGGCAUGAAAAUCAAGGAGGUCAAACAGACAAACCAGCAGUCUUGGACAAAAUAGAAGUGGAAGGGACUGCAGAAACUCAGCCUACCAAACAGGAUUCUGAUAGUACACCAAACUCCAAGAACAGCAAGAACAAUAAAUUAUUGAGGCAUGAAAAUCAGAGGGGUCAAACAGAAAAUCAAGGAGUGUUGGACAAAAUAGAACUGGAAGGGCCUGCAGAAACUCAGCCUACCAAACAGGAUUGAUGGUAAAUACGGUUCAGCAACAAAGCAAGCUGCACCUCCAACAGAGAACAUAUAUAGAUCAGCGAAAAAGCAAUUUGAUCUGAGAACAAAUGUUGGAGGUGUUUUGAUAGGUGAGAGUUGCUCAUUUAUGAGGACAGAUGCAUCAUUGAAAGAGUGGGAAAAUAUUAAAGCAGCUCUUAGUGGAUCACGCAAGAGAAAAAGGUAGGAGAAAAGCAUAUUACCCAGUACGUUUGGCCUCCUGUUAGUUUUUUGCUACCAAAUGCCAGUGUUGAAUCUAGUCUAAACAGGAUUUAUAUACCGGGCCGCUGUCCCUGAGAAGUUAUUCUCGCCCUUGGAUUUUAAAGUUAAGAGAAAAAGCUUUUAACUGUAAUGGUAGUGGUGACAAGUGAUAUUUAUGGUGCCCUAACUGUGGCAAGACAAUGCAGUGAUAGCCAGGUCUGCAGUGAUGAGCACAACAAUUGUGCUGGUAAUGAUCAUGAACACAAAAACAGCAGUUCUGCUCAUGGUGGAUGCCAUGAACUAGAUAUAUUUAACAUUGUUUUCAUGCGGAAGUUUAUGUAUGUGAAGAUGGGGAAAUGGUAACAUUUUUUGUCCAGUCUAUUAAAGGAUUAUUGCUUAAUCUUGUACUUUGAUUCGGCAGGCUAUUAUUUUCAGAUAUGAACACGGUUCAAUCUACUCGUUGGUUUUGUUU